AUGGCGACUAUAGCAUCAAAGAGGAAAUCCAGAGCGGGACACAGAGCCUUCGUGACGAGGUUUAUGGCUGAGGGGUGCGAGGAAAAGAGUGCGGUCGAAGUACUGAGAGACCGGCUACAGAUCCUCAAGACCCUCGACGAUGAAGUGCUUGAGUUGAUGUCCAGAGAUGACGUAUUCACCGAAGAAGAUGUAGAAGAAGAGACGGUGAACGCAGGAAAGAUAGAAACGACAAUAAGAGAAAAGAUAUUGGCGCUCGAGGCAGCCGAAGAGACGAGCCGCCGAAACAGCGUAGCAAGUGAGAUUGAGAGUGAAGCCGCCGCGAGCAGUGCGCAAGACCAAGAGACAAGAGCCCGAUUGCCUAAGCUGAGGCUAAAGAACUUUGCUGGGAGUGUCGGUGAGUGGCAGGAGUUUUGGGAUGGAUUCGAGAGUAGUAUCCAUUCCAAUCCUCGCCUGGCCACCGUCGAUAAGUUCAAUUAUUUGAGAAGUCUGCUCGUGGGACCGGCGCGGGGAGCGGUGGCAGGAUUCGCCCUGACGGCGGCAAAUUACCAGUCGGCUAUCGAUCUCCUGAAGAGGCGAUACGGCCAAACAGAAAAGAUAAAGAGGGCACACAUAAAUGAGAUAAUGAAGGUGCGGGGAGUCACGAGCGAGAAAGACGCGGCUGGUCUUCGCCGAUUUUACGACGUGGUGGAGACCAAGCACCGAGGGCUGCAGGCGCUGGGAGUGGAGGCGGCCCAGUAUGAAAGCAUACUAGUGCCGGCCUUGUUAGAAAAAAUCCCAGAGGCGGUGCGGCUCUCGAUAACGAGAGGAAAGAGCCACGAGAACUGGGUGAUGGAAGAGAUGCUAGCGGAGCUACUCGAGGAGGUCGAGCUACGAGAGCGAUGCCAGCCAGACGAGAGACCCGCACCCCAAGAGCAGAACCGAGGGAGCAAAACGGUGAAAGCAGCAGGAUUAAAAGGGGUUAGGAAGGAAUGGCUAGAAAUAAGUGCUUUUGGGCAAAAGGGAAAAGAUAGUGGAUUACGUGACGUGUUUUCCUUUGAAAUCCAUCCCAUAAGAGGUGGCGAAAGUGUCAAAAUAGAAGCGUAUGAAGUUCCCAGUAUCACGCAAAUUAGAAACGUGCAUGUCGAACAAAGAAAGCUUGAAUACGCACAUCUCCAAAAUUUGUGGUUUUCGGAUGUGAAUAGAAAGGACGAAGUCCUUGAAAUCGAAAUUCUCGUGGGGAGCGAUAGUUUGUGGCAAUUUCAGAACGGCAGAACCAUUCGAGGGGCAAGGGAUCAGCCGGUUGCUAUUCAGACAACACUGGGCUGGGUUUUGUCGGGUCCCCUGCAAGGAGAUGAAGGAGGUGUCAGCAAUGUUAAUUUGAUCGGUUGUGAUUUGUCGAGUUCGAAUGUUGAAAGUGAGGUUGUAAAAUUGUGGGACUACGAGACUUUGGGUAUUCGCGAAGAGAAUGAAGUUCACGAAUCAUUGAAAGACGGAAUUGUUUUUACGGGUGAGCGGUAUCGAGUAAAAUUGCCUUGGAAGGAAGGCAUAGAGUGUUUACCGAGUAAUUACGGUAAUAGUGUCACGCGAUUAAGAGGUCAAUUGGCCAGGCUUCAAAAGGAGCCAGAUAUUCGUGCCGAAUAUGAUGCGAUCAUAAAGCAACAAGUCGAGUCAGGAAUAAUAGAGAGAGUUUACGAGCUCGAGAGCGCGAAUAAGGUCCAUUAUUUGCCGCAUCAUGCUGUAGUUCGCAAGGAAGCAAAAACUACUAAAGUGAGAAUUGUGUAUGACGCGUCAUCGAAAGAGCGAAAGAGAGGCGUUUGUUUAAACGAUUGUUUGCACGUAGGACCUGCUUUGACUCCGCUAUUAUAUGAAAUUCUAAUCCGUUUUCGCCAAAGAAAGAUCGCGCUUGUCGGCGACAUUGAAAAGGCGUUUCUCAAUAUCGAAGUAGAUGAAGCCGACAGAGAUUGUUUGAGAUUUCUUUGGGUAAAUGACGUUGAGGCAAAAGAAGCCGCGCCAAUAAUUUACCGAUUUUGCCGAGUUGUUUUUGGAGUAAAUUGUUCGCCUUUUCUGUUGAAUGCCACUUUGCGUUAUCAUUUAGAAAGUUUUGCCAAGGAAGAGCCGGAAUUCGUGCGAGUAAUGAAGGAUAGUUUUUACGUUGAUGAUUUGGUGACAGGCGCAGAGUCGGCAGAUAAGGCACUUGAGUUAUUUGAGAAAGCACGUGCGCGGAUGGCGACAGGGGGGUUUAAACUGCGGAAGUGGCUAAGCAAUGACGAGAAAGUGACAGCGGAAAUACGAGAGCGUGAGAAUGACGUGACGUUGUGUGACAGAGAGACCAACGUGACAGUUCGUGACAGUGUAGACACUGAUAGUGACGAAGCGACGUACGCAAAGGCGAUGCUUGGAGUUAAGGAUGAAAUGUCGGUUGUAGACAAGGUACUAGGGCACGAGUGGAAUUGUAAGAAUGACGAGUUUAGGUUCGACUUAGAGAGGCUUGCGGAUAAGGCCGCAGGUGUGAAUGUGACAAAGCGGAACACCUUGAAAGUGAUGGCGAGUAUGUAUGAUCCAUUGGGUAUUGUUAGUCCCAUCAUGGUAAGUAUGAAAGUGCUUUUUCAGGAAUUGUGUGUCGAGAAGUUAGAUUGGGACGAAGAGUUGACUGGAGAAAGGAAGAAGCGUUGGUUAAGUUGGUUGGAUGAUUUGAAACGCGUGAAGGAAGUUAGAAUAGCGCGUUGUGUGUAUGGCGUGAGUGGAGCGGAAGUGACGUAUUCGCUUCAUGGGUUUGGUGACGCCAGUAAGAAGGCUUACUGCGCGGUGAUUUAUUGCGUUACCGAGUUGUAUGGGGCCUAUCACGUUGAACUGCUUACAUCCAAAACACGAGUUGCUCCGUUGAAGGAACAGACAAUACCGCGCCUAGAGUUGAUGUCCGGGAGAGUGUUGGCGCAGUUAAUGGCGACGGUGGUGAAUGCGAUUAGUGGUGAGGUUGAGCUGAGUGGGAGACGUUGUUGGCUUGACAGUAAAACUGCGCUGUGCUGGAUAAAUAAUCAGGGCGAAUGGAAGCAGUUUGUGAAACAGAGAGUGAAUGAGAUUCUUAGGCUGACGACCAAGGCGGACUGGGGCCAUUGUCCAGGGAUAGAGAACCCUGCUGAUAUCGGUUCGCGCGGUGCGUUGGCAUCAGAACUGGUGAAUAAUCAGCUGUGGAGCAAGGGCCCACAGUGGUUGGCUAGACCAGAGAGUGAGUGGCCGGUGACUGAAGAGAUUGUAGAGACAACGGAGAGUUGUGCUGAAGAGUGCAAGCGAGUGACAGUCGCGCUUACUAACGUGACGAAACAGAGUGUUGCGAGUGUGGUAGACAUAGAGCGCUACAGUAGUUUGACCCGACUUUUACGAGUGACAGCGUGGGUAGGACGAUUUGUGAACAACCUUAGGUUAGGACUGAAGGGUGAGACUAUUGUGACUGGAGCGCUGACAAUUGACGAGUUGACGAGUGCCGAGUUACUGUGGGUGAAGGCUGCUCAGAGUGAAUUGAGAUCGGCAAAACACUACAAGGAUUUGGUAAAAGAUCUUGGAGUCCAGGAGUGUGAUGGGGUUCUUAGGUGCGCAGGGAGGCUCGGGAACUCCCAACUAGAGAACGAUACAAAGAAUCCGAUUCUUUUGCCCAGGGGUCAUAAGUUCACUAGGCUUGUCAUGGAUAGUUGUCAUGCGAGAGUUUGUCAUAGCGGUGUUCGAGCUACCUUGGCAGAACUCAGAGCGCGAUUUUGGGUGCCUAAGGGAAGGCAGGCGGUAAAGAAGAGUGUUAGUGAGUGUGUGGUGUGCAAACGGGUUCAAGGGAGGCCGUACGACAAACCUCCGAUAGCUGCGUUACCUGAGUUUCGAGUUUCGGAAGCACCGCCGUUUUCUAAGACGGGCGUAGAUUUUGCGGGACCAGUGUACAUCAAAAGCCACGAGGGCAUGAAGAAGAUGUAUAUUGCCUUGUUUACGUGUUCGGUUACGCGAGCGUUACAUUUAGAGCUGACGGAAGAUUUAUCGACUAGAUCGUUUUUGAAUUGUUUACGUAGAUUUUGUGCAAGACGCGGGACGCCCGCAUUGAUAGUUUCAGAUAACGCAAAGACAUUCAAAUCCGCAGCAAAGUUUUUGAAUGAAUUGUACGAUCAACCGGAUAUUAGAACGUAUUGUGAGGAGAAUCGAAUCCAGUGGAAGUUCAAUCUCGAGAGAGCUCCCUGGUGGGGAGGUUUCUUUGAGAGAAUGGUUGGAACAGUGAAGCGUUGUUUGAAGAAGGUGUUGGGCAAUGCAAGGUUGAAUUGUGACGAGAUGCAGACGACCUUGGUAGAGUUGGAAGGGACUUUGAAUUCGCGGCCAUUGACGUAUGAAUAUGAUGAGGUCGGUGCAGAGAUGCUGACACCGUCGCAUUUGUUGUUCGGACGGAGAUUGUUAAAUUUGCCUGACGAGUUACGAGAUGACGAGGACGAGGAAGUGAAUGGGAUGAUGAAAAGGUUCAGGUACCUAGCGAAGAAACGGAGACAUUUCUGGAACAGGUGGUUCAAGGAAUACCUGGUAGAUUUGCGCGAGCAGCAUAAGGUUGUGAAUAGUGGACGUAAGGUUGCAGAGGUCGGUGAUGUUGUGUUGUUGUUUGAUGAGACAUUGAAGCGAAGUGAGUGGAAGAUGGCCGUUGUAGAGGAGUUGAUUCAAGGCCCGGACGGGCAGGUUAGAGGUGCUGUAAUCAGAGUGUUGUCCCGGGGGAAGCCCAUUAGGAUGAAGCGACCAGUUCAACGCUUGUACCCCUUAGAAGUGAAAUGUGCCGAGGGUGCGGGGGUAAGCAAAACUGUGGAGGGAAUAGAGGUUCCUAACGAAAGGCCUAAACGCGCUGCAGCGUUAGACGCGCAGUGGCGAACUCGUUCGAUGAUUGACUCGUAG